AGAGGCGGUGAGUGGGUGAGAGGAGGAGGCGAGGAACCCGGGGCUGCUGACCGGACGAACCGCUCUGCUCUCCGUACACCAGACACGGUUCCAGGAUGAAGCCCGGUAUGAGCUCACAGGACGGACAGCUUCGGAGCAGACAGCCGCCGCAGUCCGCCGCUGGCUCCGUUUUUUGAAGCCGACAAACCGCAGUUUAGGGGCGACAGCGGACGUAUUAGCGGCACCGACACCUCCAGCUCAGCUCACCGGGGAUGGAGGACCACCGUUAGAAGGCACAGACCGAAGGCUCGGCCGGAAUUUCGCCAAAAUUACGACGGGAAUCAGAUACAGCUCCCUGUCUCCCGGUACCGGGGGAGACCACCGGCCGCUCGUCAUGUCUCGUGCCAAGGAGCGGCUGAAAGGCGGGAAGGAGACGAAGGACAGCGUCACUCUGCUGCCGUGCUUUUAUUUUGUAGAGCUCCCCAUCCUGGCCUCCUCUGUUGUCAGUCUGUAUUUCCUGGAGCUGACAGAUAUUUUCCAGCCGGUGCAUUCUGGGUACACCUGUAACGACCGCAGUCUGUCUCUGCCCUACAUCCUGCCCCGGCAGGAAGUCUGCCCACUGCCUCUGCUCUUCAGCCUGGCCUUUGCUGCUCCGACCGUCACUAUUCUGAUAGGAGAGGCCAUCCUGUACUGCUAUCUGUCCAGGAGAUCAUCAUCCACACAGACUGAGGCCAAUAUCAACGCUGCCGGCUGUAAUUUCAACUCCUACAUUCGCAGGGCUGUACGCUUUAUAGGCGUCCACAUCUUCGGUCUGUGUGUGACGGCGUUGAUCACCGACAUCCUUCAGCUGUCCACCGGUCAACACACUCCCUACUGGCUGGAUGUGUGCAAACCCAACCUGACCCACAUCAACAUGUCCACAUGCGACGAAGCUUUUAUUCUGGAGGACAUCUGCGCCGGACAGGACGUAGGGCUCAUCACUGCUGGGAGGAAGUCUUUCCCCUCCCAGCAUGCUACUCUGGCUGCCUUCGCUGCUGUCUACAUCUCAAUGUACUUCAACACGGUGCUGACGGACUCAGCCAAGCUGCUGAAGCCUCUCCUGGUGUUCUCCUUCGUCAUGCUGGCCAUCCUGGCUGGGUUAACCAGGAUCAUCCAGUUCAGAAACCACCCUGUUGACGUCUACUGUGGAUGGUUACUGGGAGCUGCCAUCGCUGUUUAUCUGGGCGUCUAUGCUGUAGGGAACUUCCAGCCGAGUGAAGAUCGCUCCAGAAGUCGACCACCUCCACCGAUCCUGAGAGAGCCGCCGCUCUCCUCCCUGCCCAACGUCAGCCAAUCAGCAGUCACCAACAGCCACCCAGUUCACCACACUCUGGCUCCCAGCCAACCAGAGCCCAUCAUCACCAGGACCUCCUCCCACGCCAUCUCCGCUGACCAGCCGCUGCCCAUCCUGACUCGGAGCGCCUCCUACCGAGAGCCGUCCAUGGCCAUGAAGAGAGCCAGCGCCGAGGUGGAGGUCAUCACUCCGUCCAGUCCGCCCGGCAACCACGACAACAUGAUGACCUUCAGCAGCAGCACCCUGCCCAGGUCCCAUGGAGGUUCCUCUCUGGAGGAGGGUCGUAUUCCACGGCGUCACGCCUCCAUCCACGCCUCCAUGGACUCCACCCGCUCCAAGCAGCUCCUCAGCCAGUGGAAGAACAAGAACGACAACAGGAAGCUUUCCCUUCAGGUGAUGGAUGGAAUCAGGCCGGCCUCCUCUUCGUCUCCUCAGAGGAACAUGGAACUCCGUUGCUCCUCCGAACCAUCUGCCAUGGGCCUGGAGGCAGAGCUCUGUGGUGGGACCCACCUGCCUUUAGUCAUAGCCCAGGAGGCGGAGCUGCGCGCUGGAGCCCACAUCCCAGCUCAGUACAUGAAGCUAGCAGCCAGCUCCGUCCCCAUGUCCAACCAUAAUCACAUGGUUCAUAACGGCAGCACCGGAUUGGCCGGCGGGGCCAGAGUGUCCAUCCAGUCCCGGCCCGGAUCCUCCCAGCUAGUUCACAUUCCUGAGGAGGAGAAUCCCACCAGCAAGGAUCAGGAGAGCGAAUCAGAGGACAGCAUCAUGGAUGGAGGCGGGUCAGUGAGGGAGAAAUGGCUGAGAGUGGCUGAGAAGACCAGCAUCCCCUGCAGGCCGCUGAGUGCUGGAGGUCAGCCUCGGCUCAUGCAGGUGAUAGCCUUAUCCAAACAGCAGGGUCUGCUCCACUCUCCCCGGUCGGAGGACGGCGGCAGCACUGUCAGCUGCACUGGAUCCAUCCGGUACCGAACUCUGACGGACCAGGACCCAUCUCCACCCGCCUCCACCACCGGAGCCAUGGGAGGAGGAGGAGGAGGUUUGGAAAGAACCGGGAGUAUCGUCCGUGUUGAAGCUCACCCAGAGUCCAGAUCAAACAAACCAAUCGUGAAACCUCCGAGCACCGACGGCAGCGGCUCCUGGCGAUGGAAACCACCAGAACAACGGGCAUCCCUCCGACAGUCAGCCUUCAACCUCAACGACCUGAACAGAUACACGGACAGCUGUGAUUCACUAAGGGAUGGCGGGUCGGUGGAUGGGAGGAGGAGCGUAGCAGGGACCGAAUCAGAGAGCGAAGGUGGUGGGGAAGGAGGAGGAGGCAUUUACACCAACCAUCCACAUGUUGUUCACCCUCUACACCCCUUACACCCAAAUAAUCCCAACAAUUUCCAGCACCCUGGUUUUAAUCCCAGCAAUCCCAAUCAUCCCAACAAUCCUAACUUCAACAGCAUUCACCCCAACGUUAACCCCAACGGUACCAACUCCAACAUGCCAUUUAACCCCACCGCCGCCACCUGUGCGCCUCCCUUCCACCCCCACCCUCAGGCCAUCACCACCAUCAGGGUGACCCCGGUGGAGGGGACGGCCGCCAGCAGCGACGGCGGCUCAGACUGCCAGUCGGUGGCCUCGUCCAGCCGCGAGUCCACCCUGAGGAGGAAGAACAGCGGCAACGUCCCCGACCGAGGGCCCACCCCCGACCUCCACAACAACCACCGCAUGGUUGACGACAGCAACCGCCUCGACAACGAGAGCAGCAACCGCUUUCACGAAAACCUCAGAAGUUUUCAAGAGAACCCCAUCCUCCCCAAUCACCCCAACCUCCCCAACAGGCAGCUGCAGGGAAUGUUUGGCCGUCCUAGCCCGACUCCGCCCCCUACAUUACCCCGACCCAUCCUGACUCACACCCCUCCUCCCACCCUGGGGCUGGCCUAUAAGGAAUGACGGUGUUAAGGUCAUUCAUCUACACCUGUGGUAAAAGAAUUUGUCCUACUUGACCAGUGCAAAUGCUGCUGGAGCCAAAAUCAUUCCACUCCAGAUUGGACUGAAAACAAAAAUUGAGUUAAAUACAUUUUCCACCCAGGGUUAGCUAAUGGUGAAUGGCCAAAAAUGUGUUAGUCACACCUAAAACGUCUCAGCCAGCCAAUCCGGGCAGAAUAUAUGGUCAGUCCCAGCUGGUUUUUCACCCCACUGAAUAUAUGAACUGUAAGCUUCUCCGAUCCAUCAGCAGGAGGUUGGAGAUCCGCUGCUUCAGUCGCCGCACAGUCUCAACACAAACGUCCCUGCUGUUAAUCUUAACUGGCGACUAAGGGGAGACUACAGUGAGUUUGAUUCAACAUUUUUUCUGUGUCUUUAUAUUUAUUUACGUGUUUUUAUCAUGGACUGCUGGACAAGCCAGAAAAUCUUUUGUAAAUCUAACAAAUUGAGUGCACUUGCUUCAUAGGCACAAGGACAAUGGGCUAAAUAAAGUGCUGAGCCUUUGAAUCACUGGUCAGGAGAGACUCCAGCCUCCGGUCUGUCCUUUAUCUCCCUGCCAGCGAGGAUGGAUUCAGCCUCAUGACUCUUCUCUCGUUUCUCCGGCUGCACGGUCGGGACAACGUUGCUAACAUUUAUACGUAUAUUCCAGCUUUCACCCUGUCGUCACACAGGUAAUGCGUCUAUAUAUGAACUCUACAGCGUAACCACAUGCCCUUAGAUGGAGGUUUUAUAUCCAGAGCCCAUAACUGUGAUGUGUUUGUACAUAUGGGAGGCCACGAGGAAAAUCAAACCCGCGGUCUAAAUUGUUUUGGGCUACGAGGAGUCCCUUCUGGGCAAUAACAGUAUCUCUUAGUUGAUGGUGGUUUUGUGUUUGUGUUGGAUAAGAACAAUAUCAUGGGGCAUAUAUUGUGUUUAAAUAUAGUAAAAACAAGCGCUCUCUUUUUUCCAUGCUGUGUUUUAAUGAUGUGCAGUUUAUGAAUUAUCCUGACUGUGUAGUAGCUGUACUGCUCACGACACGUGCAGCAUGUUAGUCAUCUUAUCAGAUCCAAAGACCCAACAAAAUCUAAUAUUUGCUUACUAUUUUUUACCAUCAGUGCUGCAGCUGCACUUAUGAUUUAAUAUUAGGACCACUGUUGAAAACUAAAAUGGGAUAUUUGGAGAAUAAAAUGGUGAUAAAAUGGAGAAAAACAGUUUAAAAUGUCUAAACGAUUAUAUUAUAAGUUGAGAAUAGAUUGUUUUAAAAUAAUAAAAUAGAUAUCAUAGUCAGAAUUUAAGUGAGGAAUAAUAUUUAAAAUACAGUGUAAUUAUAAAACCAGUGCAAUAUAAUAAUAUAAGAAGAAAAUCCUAGAAUUAAAAGUAAGAGUAAAGUAAAUUCGCACAGUCAAAGCUGUACAAAGAAAAAAGUUCUAAAAGUUUUACAUGACAGUUAUAACAUUGCAAAGAUAUAAAUAUCAUUUUAAAGUAAUUUAAUUCAAUGUAAAAUGUGCCAAAAAAGUAGAUAUUUCAGGAGAAAUGUAAUUUACAAGAAUGAAGUAUUUCAAAUUUAAAGAGAAAUUUUACAGUUAAAAAGUAAAUGUUCCAUGUUUUUAUUUAUCAGGGAAGAAUAACAUUACUAUUGAUGAGGUUGCAGUUUUACAAAGAAAAAUCAGAUAUCAUUACAAAAAAUGUCAUUAUUUUGAGAAAAACAUCACAAAAAAAUUUAACGUGAUUUAUUUUGAAAAUUUCAAGUUUAUUUAAACUUUUUUAUUUGUGAAAAUGCAAUAUAAUCACCAGUUUAUUCUCAGAACUGUUUUCCUCCUUUGACAGUGGCCCUGCUACACCGCUGUACAACUUACCUUAAAACGACAUUUUCUUUAGUAUUUUGCAUGUGUGGUUGAAUUCAUUCUGACAUUUGCACUCCGUUGAUGUUGGAGGAUAAAAAAACAGAUUUUUGUACCUUUUGAAAUGAUGUAUAAAUUGCCAGUUAACAGACUAUCCAACAUAUAUUAGCCCAGUGUUUACAUUCUUUAUUUCUUAGAGCCCAAGUGCCAUUGGAGGGAAGCAUUGUGGCUGUGGGCUGGUCACAGGAAUAAUGUUGUCUGGAUGGUGUAGAAUCUAAGAAAGCACAAUAACUGCAGCUUGACCGUGGAAUAUGUGGAUAUUUGCAGCUGUGUAGAUAUCUGUGUGACCUGUGUGCUUUCUGGUCAGAUGUCGGUUUGCUUGUUGCGUUUGUCGGUGCAGGAACGUGGCGAAGGUUUAGCUGAUGGUGGAGAUGAUGCUGCUGCUGCUGCUAACAGAGCUGUCACUGUGUUAGGAUGCUUUUAGUGGUGGAGUAUAUCCUAAUAUUUCAGCUUUUAUUAUCGGACAUAUUGUGGCCAAACAGGCUAAAAUACAUCAAAGGUGUAUCGCUGAAUGGGUCGGAUGCUUUGAGUUGCUCUUCAACAGACAAAUUGCCUUUUGCAGGUAACAGCAAAGCUCAGAUGCAGCUAAAUAAGAUAUAGAGCUUUUAAGAAGACCCUGACAGGUCGACAACAAACACUAUGUUUGACUAUAAGGAUGUGAGAAGGUUCCAGAGCCCGUUGUUGUGAGUUUUGAGCGUUUUGUCGUUGUCCUGAUUGAAUUCAGCAGAAAUCAUGCAGAGAACAAGCCGAUGCUGGUGUGAACAUUUGGAGAAGUAUAAAAGUUGUAGAGCCUCAUUAUCACAUUAUCCAGUCAUGAAUACUGAUGAUCUAGCAAAGCUGCAUGUGAAAUAAGUGUGGCUGAUUUCAAUUAAAAUGGCAAAAGAGAUCAAAUCUUUGAGAAAAAAACGUGCCGUUUUUAAAGGAGAGUGACAGAAGGAGGCCGUUCUAGAUGAAGCAUUCAGCUGAACGACCAACUGAUGAGAGUUUAAACUACACAGCUUUGGAGUAAAACAGACGAUAUUUUAAUAUAGAUGUUAAAGAAUAUUUUCAUGUAGUUUAGAUUUGGAGCUCGGUUUGCCACUAUGAUGAGAAUUAUGUGCCAAAAUCUUUGAGAUGGUGCCACAAAAGAGCAGCACAAUCACUUAUUUAUGUUAGAAGGUUUAAACCUGUAUGUAGAAAUCGUAUUUAUGUUAAUUUACUGUGAAAGUCCAGCGGAGGAGUCGUUGGGCUACGUAAUGAAUAAAGGUGCAUGAAGCACCAACACUGGUGCUACGGCCAAACAAUUCAUCUCUCUAAUUUAAAACAGUGUUUUUAAGGAGGUCAGUGUUAAGAUUGCACCAUUUUAGACUAUUGAGCACAUUAUUGUUAUUUUAAUGUAAAAUUACAGACUGCUAGGGAAAUUUGUCAAGCUAAGUUUCCAGUAAAUAAGGCAGAACUUUACCACAUUUCAAGAGUUUAGAAAAAGGUCAGAAAAGAGCAUGCUUGUUUCCAGACAUUACUGCUGCACUCAAUCGAAAGACUGGUAGGAAUUUAACUUUUAAGAAUUUAAAAACACCAAAAGAGUGAUGACUAGCAUCCUCAUGUCGGGUUCAGACUGAUAGCUAGCAGUUUGUUGAAACGGUGGACAGUGAGCAGUAGUUGGAAACUUUAGAAACAUAGUUUGAUUUAUAAAGUUCAUUAGAAUCUCUGACUGGAAGCAGCUUCACCUAAACAGUCUCUAACAAUAAGAAAAACUGCAGUCAGAUAUUCUCCUCAGAUGUUUUAAUUUUAAAUCUCUGCAGCUAAGCUGUAGUUUACUGUAGAAACACUGGAUUUAAAGGUGCAAAGGACAGAUAGAUGUACAUGUAGAUGCUUUUAACAACUUUUAGUUCAUUUUUCCACAUACAGAAAAUCUUUAUUUACCAUUUCACCAUUUAAUUGUCUGCACAAAACACAAACCUGAACCAAAGCUGCUUCACCUGCCUGAACAGUUUGCAGAUAUUUUAUCAAGCUAUACAGAUGUGAUGGGGCUGCACAGUGGCGUAGUGGUUAGUACUUUCACCUUGCAGCUAGAAGAUCCCUGGUUCGCGUCCCGGCUUUCCCGGGAUCUUUCUGCAUGGAGUUUGCAUGUUCUCCCUGUGCAUGCGUGGGUUUUCUCCGGGUACUCCGGCUUCCUCCCACAGUCCAAAAAUAUGCUGAGGUUAAUUGAUCAUUCUAAAUUGCCCGUAGGUGUGAAUGUGAGAGUGAUUGUUUGUCUCUGUAUGUAGCCCUGUGACAGACUGGUGACCUGUCUAGGGUGUCCCCUGCCUUCACCUGAGUCAGCUGGGAUAGACUCCAGCCCCCCCAUGACCCAAGUGAGGAUUAAGUGGUGUAUAGAUAAUGGAUAAUGGAUGGAUGGAUACAGAUGUGAUAUUAAUGAAGAACAAAUCUGGAGGAAUGUAAUGAUCAGAAGCUGAGCUCAGACUGUCAUGAACGAGGCAGAACACAUUUCCAGCUCUUUGUAUGACUGAAUACUGAUGCAGUAAAACUGGAGGAAGUUUCCCCCACAGGCCUUCAUGUGUUAAUAGUCCUGCAGACAGAGAAGUAUAUUUUAAUAUGAUAGAUGAGCUGUUAACUAGUCUGCUGUUAAAGGCAUGAAGUCGAGAAUAAGUUCAGUUAAAUACCAGAAUUCAGUACAAGUGUGUGAAAGUCAAUGUCUUAGUUUGAACACUCCAGUAGUUUUCUGUCCUUUCAGCGGGAAACUAAUGAGAUAAACAGAGUGGAAAUGAGGAAUAGAUUUUUGGAUUAUUCCUCCUUUAGAAAUGCAUUCAAUCAGUUUUUAGUAUUAGCAAAAAAGCCUUACAACAUAUUUAUGUUCUUAAUUUAUUAUAUGGCGUCAUCUGAUUUUGAAUUUUUAUUGCAUGUAUUUGUGUUUAUUUUUAACGUGGCCUAGUAGUUUUUCAUUUUCAGCUAAGAAAUGAUGGUUACGUAUGAGAAAGAUGUGAUUUAAAGCCGCGAACAUAUCAUCUUCUGGCUGCAUCUGGCCGGAACAGAGGAAGAGGAGGUUCACUGUAACAUCCAAACAGUUUGUGGGCACCAAAAUGAAACCAGUAAAUAAGUAUAGUGAUUAUAUGGACACUCCCCUUUAAUGUGCAGCAGUUUUACUGGCAUAAUGUCGCUGUGCCUGAACAUUACUGUCACAAAACCAGGGUCCAGUCCUGAUUUAUCCACAGCAGCCCACUCUUUAUGUCCCGCUCAUGCUUAUAACUGUGUAGUAAUGAUGCUAAUAAUUCUAGUAGUAGUAUUGGAUUUGCCUGAAAAUGAAUGGUAGUAUUAAAACCAGAUAUAGCGUUCAGACUAAUGUUCCACAGUGGUGAGAGAUCCCAGCUAAACCUGGAAGUGCUCCUCAAAACUUUGCUAGCUAGCUGUGGUUUUAAAAUUAAACUUGAAUGCAGGCAUGUUGGCUGAAUCUUAGCUGUUUGUGCAGUUUGGUGUUGAGUUCAGGGCCCGUGUACAGGUAGUGGUAGUAAACCGGUUAGAACGAAGUGUUUGUCUGCUGGCAGCUCCACAGCUAGCCUUCUUAUACUACCUAUUGUUACUCAACCCACCCCCUGCUGGUUACAGGAUGUUCAUAGAUUCAACCAGCGGUCCUAAAAAGGUCAAAUAGAAUAAAUGUGAAUGAUCCACAACAAGCUAUUUAAUAAUUAUCAUGUUUAUAAUAAUCAGUGUUAUUUUCAUCUUUUUCUUUCACUGAAUCUCUACUGAUAUAAUACAGUAUAUAGAUAUUUUUUGAUUAGUGUUUGUGAACAAGAACUUUUUAUCUCUGCUUGUCCAGUUUGUUUUUAAUGACCAUGGCAGCCACUCAGACGGGUGGCUGAUCAGUUUAUCUUAUAAUCAAGCUUGUAACUCGCCAAGAAAGAUAUCUUAAACUGUUGGAAAUCUGCUGUUGUCGGUCUGGAGUCUGUUUUUUGAAUCUGUGCGACUCGCCAAUGUUGGACAAAGGUUCAAAUUAAUGUUUACACAGAAGUGUGUUGCCAUCAUGCCUGUUUUUAAACCAUAUCAGCCCUUUCUAGGCGGCUUUCCACUGCAGGUGAAUAUCUACUGGACCUGCUUUCUGCCUUUCAGUUUCCAUCUGACAGAUUACCUGCAACAAAACAGUUAAAGUAGCAGCUGCUGGAUGUAACUGCGGUUACUGGCGAGGAUGUUAGAGAGAAGAGAGGGCAGAAAAACCAACCAGCAUUGGUUCUUCUGUCAGUUUAACCAAUAAGAGGCAGUUCUUGCAGUCGAAAGACACUCAAAGGUUCGAACUGCUCCAAGUUCCAGUAAUUGAAAAUAGUCUGUUGAGACUGACUAGAGACACUUUUUAUUAGUAAUGUAAACAGCACGUCUCUGGCAGAUCGUAAGAGUCAGUUUAUGGUUUGUCCAGGAGAUUUAGAGUGACUUUAUUUAAAGUAGUUCCAGCAGAGAUUAACGCCUGAUUGUAGCGGCCCAUCCAGGGAUAGAACACAUGGCAGAACUCUACCAAAUGAAGAACAGAUGAUGCUCUGAAUCGUGUAAAACAACUAAAAACACACGUCUGUGUCUGAGAGUCUCAACACUGGAGUUUAUGGUUAGCCUAGCUUAGCAUAAAGCAGGCAAAAACAGCUGGCUAGAGUUUAUAAAUACACCUUCCAACACCUCUACACUGACGACCUAACUAUAUACAGUGUGUGUUUUCCUGGAGAGUUACAAGCUUGAAAAGUUCUUUUAACAAUAAGUGCAUUUCCCACAGUGCUGCUGGCUGUCACCGUAUUACAGGAAUGUAAGAAAACACCAUUUAUUAUCUCACAACACAAGUCCAACUGGAUCUCAAACGAGCGGUUCCAAAAUAUUACAACGCUGUAAAAAACAUCUUAUUGGAUACUUGAUGUAGGUUUUGUUUUUUUCUAUCAGAUUUAUAAUCAGUUGAAGAUAUGAGCUACUAGCUGUUUUUAAUGAUUGAUGGCGGUAUCGGUUUCCUGUUUCUAUUGCUGUACAUAGACAUUUGUAUCUUUAUAAUCAUUAGUAGAUCCUGUAUGUGAACCCAGACUGAAGCUUUGGGUUGUUAGCUCAGUGGAAAUGCUAAUGUUUAGCAUAGACUACCAGACUUUUCCAUCCAGCCUGGAGUCGGUCCACCUUCAGAUCCCUCCAUUCAACAUGCCAAUGUUCAGUCUGCCAGACAGUGAUUUUGGCCUGUUCUUUAUUUUAACUUCAUUUCAAGGUUUUAGUGGACUGAAUCCAGGCCUGGCAUCUGUUUAGUACAUUUUAAUAGAAAGUGGUCAUUUAAAAAAAGCUGCUGUCACGUGAAAACCUUGGUACUCCAGUUAAAGUGUAAUUAUCUAUAUUGUUUCAUAAUUCAUGAUUUCAUUUUUUAAAAUGUCUAUUUGUGUACACGCACACCUGUAACCCUGAAUGCCAGCUAGUCCUGAGAUGUUCUAUUUUUUGGAGGUUUGAGGUUUGGGACGUCAUGCUGACGGUUUAUACUGACACCAAGUCCACAGGAAGUACAGUGAUGGUGAGUGUUAGUGUUCUCUGAGCAAUAUAUGAGAGAUACAAGGAAAUAUCAGAAAUCCCUGAACCUGAAGAUGAAGGGCAAAAAGCAGACAGUAAAUGGUAUCUGAUUGAUUUAUUGAGUAUUUAUGGAAUCCAGUGUCUGUGUGAUCACUCUUCAUGGCUCUGUUUACAUGUACACUUUACUGUCUGUUGUAUUGUACAGUACACUGACUGUAUGCUGGUUUAUUUCACUGGAUGCAGACUUUGGGAAUAAACCUGCCUCUAACUACACAUUUUAAGCAGCUUUUUCCUCCCCUAAUGCUGUCUGUGUUACUGUUUCAGAUCAUGCAGUAAAACUUUCCUGCUUAGCUCUUUCGGUAAACAGUUAUAAAGAUCUACACAGAAUCUGUGAAGAUUUGGCGUCUGAUGGGGAAGUUUCAUUCUUCAAGUACAUUCCACUGAACUUGUCAUUAUUUUGAAGGGGCACCAUCACUGCAUCCUGGGCUAAAAACACCGUGACGACUGAGAUCGGGUUAGAACAUUGGAGAUUACAGCAACUUCAACCAAAACACAUUUUGGUCAGGCGCCUCUCCUGUGGAACCAGCUCCCAGUUUGGGUUCUGGAGGCGGACACCCUCUCUAUUUUUAAGACCAGGCUUAAAACCUUCCUUUUUGACAAAUCUUAUAGUUAGGACUGACUGGGGGACCCUGAGGGGGUCAGCUGGAGUCUUCCUCUUGGACGUCCCUUAGUUCUGCCCCUAGUUCUGCUGCUACAGGCCUAGGCUGCUGGAGGACCUCUCUGGAUGCACUGAGCCCUUCUCUAUCUACCAUUAUAUUUAAUAUAUAUAUACCAUUAUUGCAUUACACUCACUCUGUUUCUCCCUGUGUCCUUUCUCCGAGUGUCCCUGAUCCCAGAGCUGGAUGCUUCAGAUCUGUGGCGGUUCUCCCACCAACUGGCCUAAUCUCCAUCUGUGGGAUGCUGCUGCUGCUGACCUUCCUCCAGCCCACUGCUUCCAGCUGCCCAUUUCCAUCAAUCUACUCUGCAUCACCCUCACUAUACUUGAUUUGCUCAUCUACAUAUUUUUGAAUUUACCACCAGCUAUAUAUGUAGUAUAUUUAAUGUCAGAGUCAUACACCAUAGCAGUAAACUACAAUUAGUUUCCAUGUUAGUUGUACUUUGCAUGUAUCAUCUGUCUUAUCAUGCAUGUAUUAUACUGUGUGUUUUAUGGUCCUUGUGUCCCCCCCACCUCUCUAUCUCUACCUCUACCCCUCUACCUCUUCCCCUCUACCUCCAUCCCUCUAUCUGUAUCCCUCUAUCUCUAUCUCUACCUUUCUACCUCUUCUGUCCCUCUCAACCCAUCCAGCCAGCAGCAGAUGGGUCCCCCCACAUUAGAGCCGGGUUCUGCUCGAGGUUUUUUUCCCUGUUAAAAGGGUGUUUUCCUUGCCACUGUCGCCUUUUGGCUUGCUCUGGGGGUCAGGCAUAUGGGUUCUGUAAAGCGUCUCGAGACAAUUUGACUGUAAUUGGCGCUAUAUAAAUAAAAUUGAAUUGAAUUGAAUUGAAUUUUAGGGAAGAAGGAAAUGGAGACGUUAUCACAUAAUAAUGACUUACUAUUGCAAAAUUGAAAAGGAAAAGUUAAGAUGGUUGGGACUUUGUGACUACAGGAGUUUCCUGAAGUCCUAGCAGUGGUAAAAAUCGGGAAAACUUAACAGAUACUACUGUUCAAAAGGUCACCAUGUUUUCAAUGUUUUCUCUAUGUGCUAACAUAACUGCACAAGGGUUUUCUAACCAUCAAUGAGCCUUUCAACACCAUUAGCUAACACAAUGUAGCAUUAGAACACAGGAGUGAUGGUUGCUGGAAAUGUUCCUCUGUACCUCUAUGGAGAUAUUCCAUUAAAAAUCAGCUGUUUCCAGCUAGAAUAGUCAUUUACCACAUUAACAAUGUCUACACUGGAUUUAUCAUUCAUUUAAUGUUAUCUUCACUGAAAAAAAACUGCUUUUCUUUCAACAAUAAGGACAUUACUAAGCAACCCCAGUCUUUUGAACGGUAGUGUGUUUGUUUCUGUGUCAUUUGAGACAUCUACUCUCUCAAAGAUUUUAAACUAUUGGCUCAUCACAUGCUGCAGGAUAUUAUUAUGAAGUUAUUGUGCCAGAGGGAGCCAUUGCAUGAUCUAACUGGGAAGCAAAUAAAAACAAAAAUGGAGACUGGGGUGCAACAACUUGCUGUUCAGCUAAAAAUAUAGUGAGAAAGAGACAGAAACAAGAGGUUGAACAAGUCAGGAUCAGAUACAGCCAAAAACGGUGUGAUUUCAACUGUUUUAAUCAGUUUCAGUGUCUUUAGCUAACAUUAGCCUGGAGGACUGGAGUGUUUAGUGUUCCUUGUGUCUGCUGUGUGGGAACCAUUUAGAGUUUGACUCUUAAAAGUCAAACAUGAUUGAUCUCAUCGAGGCAAUUCAGAAGGUUUAAUACUGGAUCUGGAAGCUUCUCACAUUAGCAAAUAAUCUGGGAAAAAGACAUCAAGAUCUCAGUCUCUGCUGCAGGAACUCUGGUGUGAGGUUUCCAUUGCAGGAUGGGACCUGACAGCAUUAUCUCUAGAGAAUGGAACAAUGGAGCUUUGCUCUGUUAGCUUAUAUGGUGAAUUCCCAUUGAAGGCGAUGAUGUUAUAAUGAAGAAGACUGCUGCUGGAUGAAGACAUCUACAUGGUAGAAAUCUGCCACUUACUCUGUCUUGAAUUUAACUGAUUAACUCCUGCAGUCUGAGCCCAACAUUAGGCAGAUUUAGAUUCGGUAACGACGGCCAGAGGGUUGAUCUGUCUUUAUGUAUCGUCAGUGGGAACAACGUGAGCCCUAUUUUUAACCUGCAUUGUUCAGAGGUCCUGUCUCAUAAUUCUGAAAUACAGAUCUCAUAGCUCUGAGAGAACUCUUUAGUGAGUGGAACGCUUCCAUCCUAACAGGCAAACCCCCCACCGCCUCCAAAAAACUACUGAGCUUCACGCUGUGCGGAAGCUGUCGAGUUAGCUUUAUUAUUCAGUCAUCAAGAGCAAGCAGGAAAGUUCCCCAACCAUCUUUUGCCUAUCUUGAUUUUAGUGUUAUUCUUCAGCUUUUUUUAAUUUUAAAUUUCGUGUUUCAAUCCCUGCAGUGGGAUCGAACCAGAUAAUGUGUACAUGUAAAGACAGCUGCUGAAGUCAUCUCAUCCGUUCUGACUGAAACUCUCAACUCUUCACAUGAAGACAAAUAGUGACUUGCAGUGGGACUAUUGUUCCUGAGAGUUCAGGAAGCAGCAGGACUCUGGAGGACGAGCUGCAGAAUGGAUGAGUGAACUGGUGACUAAUGGACUGAACUGACUGUGAAACAACAGUGUACUGAUAAUGACAGCCAUCCUAAAGUUUCUGUUUUCCAGUGGUGUCUCUGUGACAAAUAAAGGUUUGAUAUCAA